UAGGGAAGAUGCAUACAUAAUAUUUAUGAAAAUUUUAUGAUUAAAAUGUUAAAAAAAUAUAAAAGAAAUGCCACUGCAACGUUUUUAUUUUACAUAAUGUUAUUUUUUAACAAUUAUUACGAAUUAAAAAUACUUGAAACGGAACGUAUUUUAAAACACCAAUCAGCGUUUAGUGACGUCACUCCUGUUAUGACAACUUCUUUGAGGUUAUGGUUGUUAAAGUAAAUAUUAUUUUAUGGGAAUAUUUAAUGCGUUUUUUUACAUUUAAUAAAAAUGGAAGUUGCGUUUAUCAAAGCAGACUCCAGGAAUUUACCAAGAGUUAGCGUUGACAUGGUUAUAACUUUUUUUGUCCAAAGUGCAGAGUUUUUAAGUGUAGAAAUGAAAGGGACUAAAUUACUACGGUAUGUAAAAAUCGUAGUUGUUAAACUUCGUAUUUUAUUCAGCGGCUUCUACAAAUCUUACGGCGAUAAUGCAAUCGGCUAUGUCCAAAUUAAAAGAGAUGGAGAAUUAUGUACAGUAAAAGGUCGAGUUCUCCGGAGCAUAAAGUACAUAAAGAAGGUUAUCGUGUUACAGUUAUUUUAAAUGAAACGCAAAGCUAGGUUCAGUCUUGCCAAUGUGAAGAUUGUGCCACACAUUUUAAACUUUAUCUAAUUUUCGACGUCGUUCUCCAACUGUAAAAUUAAAAAUAUAUAAAAAAACCUGUCUUGGUUUUGUAAGUAUGUAUUAGGUAGGUUACUAAUGCGUUUUUACGUACAAGCAGAUUAAUUAAGCAUAUAACAAGUAUAUUCGCCGACUUACGUCAAAGUGAUCUUCUCAGCAUCGAAUAAUGGUCUUUGGAGAAUAAUUGUCAUUUCUCUUCGCAGCUUGAAACCACUUUUUUUCAGUUUUGGGUCAGAAGUUUCAGUCAAAAUCAAUUUAUUUGGGAACUUUGUUGAAGUAGAUUGGCACAAAACAUGAGUCCACACGGUUUUUUUUUCGGAAUGUUAGUGGUAUUGUUAUGAUCACAUGAUGUUGAUGGAUAGUCCAUUUUAAAUUUUUCAAAAAAAUAUUUCGAAAUUCGAAAAAAUAUGCAAAAGUUUGAAAAUUUAAAGCCAGCAAGGAACAAGUACGACCAGUGACAGACAGGAGUGACGUCAGCGCAACCAUAGGUUCGUUUUCGCGCGAAAAUUUAAAUUGUCAAUUUAAAACCGCAUUUUUUCCGAUAAAUCACAAUGUUUUAAUUUUUUAAUAUAUCUGUGGUUUAUUCUACAUGGAAUUCUUUAAAAUGAAAACAAAAAUAAAAAUAUUGCAUCUUCCCUGAAGUUAUAGACAACAGAUCUACAAUUCCAAAAUAUUUUAUAUUAGAUCGAGUGCGGUUGGCGUCUUAUUUUAAUUAUUCUUUAAUUCGUCGUAAUAUUGUGCAAUAAAAUUGGUGUGAUUUUGUGUAACAACCGUCUGCACAACUGAAAAAUUAGUGGAAUAUUUAAAAUGUACGCUAUUUCAGUUAAGUGGACGUGAGAACUUUUUUGUAGUGUUGACUACGGCUGUGUGGGCAUUGUUCCCUUUGCCUUUCCUAAAAAGGGAUAAUGUUGAAAAGGGCAUUUUUGGUUGAAUAAUUGAAUUGAAUCUUAAAAAAUCCAGAUAAAAAAUUAAGUUUUAGCAUUAGAUUAAAUUUUGUAUUAUAUUUUCUAACAAGUGAAUGUUGCAGUUGCAGCGAGCAUCUAGUACUCAUCGUUCGUUUGGCAUGUACGAAACAUGUAAUGCCUGUUAGUUAUUGAAGCAGCUUGGCGCGGCGUAGCGGGCGGGCCGCGCCAUGGGUAAUAAGUGCUGUAGCCGCCGCCAUGAUCCCGAUAGACCCUUGGUGUAUCCAGCAUACAAGAACGAGGCAGGCUUCACGGCGUGCCCCGCCCUGGAGACGCGCUACACCGGAGAGCCCAACAACAGGGGACACCGCGCUCUGGCCGACAUCGUGCGCACGCGCAACCCUGGAAAAUGUAUGACGAACGGCGGACGGCGCAUAGUGAAGGCACUAUGCGCGUACACGGCGCGCGCGGACUCCGACAUCUCGUUCCGGAAGGGGGACCGCAUGGAGGUGCUGAGCGACACGGAGCCCGACUGGUGGCGCGUGCUGCACCUCACCACCAGGCGGGAGGGGCUCGUGCCCGUCACCUUCGUGGCCGAGGAGAGCUCCGUGGAGUGCGAGGAUUGGUUCUUCCCGCAUGUAUCCCGGAAAGAAGCUGAUAAACUACUACUGGCGGAGUCCAAUCCUCGAGGCACUUUCUUAGUGAGGCCAGCAGAGCAUAACCCUCAUGGAUUCAGCCUCAGCGUCAAAGAUUGGGAAGAAGGAAGGGGAUAUCAUGUCAAACACUACAAGAUCAAACCCCUGGACAAUGGAGGCUUCUAUAUUGCGACAAACCAGACGUUCCCGAGUCUACCGGCGUUGGUCAUGUCCUAUACGAAAAACGCUCUGGGGCUAUGCCACGUAUUGGCUAGGCCUUGCCCCAAACCAGAGCCCCAAAUGUGGGACCUCGGGCCCGAACUACGGGACAAAUGGGAGAUCCCUCGCGCAGAGAUACAGUUGGUGCGGAAGCUGGGACAGGGAAACUUCGGAGAGGUUUAUUACGGCAAAUGGCGGAACACUAUCGAGGUCGCCGUGAAAACGUUGAGAGAAGGAACAAUGUCCACCCAAGCGUUCCUCCAAGAGGCUGCCAUCAUGAAGAAAUUCCGGCACAAACGCCUAGUGGCUUUAUACGCGGUUUGUUCUACGCAAGAACCUGUAUACAUCGUCCAAGAGUAUAUGAGCAAAGGAUCGCUUCUAGAGUUCCUCAGAAACGGCGAAGGAAAGUUCUUACAGUUCGAAGAUCUAGUUUACGUCGCUGCCCAAGUGGCUUCCGGCAUGGAAUAUCUCGAAUCAAAACUUUUGAUACACAGAGACUUAGCAGCCCGUAAUGUACUAAUAGGUGAAAAUAACGUAGCGAAAAUAUGCGAUUUCGGCCUCGCAAGAGUCAUAGAGGACAAUGAAUAUUGCCCAAAACAAGGCUCCCGGUUCCCUGUCAAAUGGACCGCACCAGAAGCUAUCAUUUACGGAAGAUUUUCAAUCAAAAGCGAUGUCUGGUCGUAUGGUAUACUAUUAAUGGAACUGUUCACAUACGGCCAGAUUCCUUACCCGGGACUACACGGGAAAGAUGUCAUAGAACAAGUAGAAAGAGGUUACAGAAUGCCCAAACCUGUGGGCCAUUACUUACCAGACGACAUCUAUCGGCUUAUGCUGCAAUGCUGGGACGCUAUCCCUGAGAAAAGACCCACCUUCGAGUUCCUCAACCACUAUUUCGAAUCCUUCACAGUGACCAGUGAGAUACCAUACAGAGAAGUGCAAGACUAGUGCUGUGAUAAUAGUGAAAUAACGUGACUAGUGUUCCUAGCCGAUGAACGAUAAAGUGAUGUGUGUCUACGAAUAACAGAGAAAAUGAUCUAUGCAUAGCCAUUCAGUUUGUGUAAUUAUUUUGUUGCAUAAAUCAUUUUCUUUGUUGAAACCAUGGAGCUUAUUAUACUGCCAUGUUGAGUAAGUGUGCAUACAUUGUUACAAAAGACUUUUUUUAGAAUUUUUAUACUCUGAUCAUGUUUGAAUUACAAUACAGGAAUGCGUGAGCUUGUUAGGCUUUUCGUUUCUGAUUUGUGAUAGGAGUUUCAUGGUAGCAGUAGCAUGCGAGUUGACUAAAGCACUGGAUACAAAUUAGUAUGGGAGAUUCUCUGAAUCAUUAUUAUCAAAUAGUAUUGAUAAUGUUGCUAUUUUAACUCACGUCCUUAUUUAUUACUUAUUAGCGACUGUAGCCUGUAAGCGGUUAAGUAGGUUAUUGUUUUGCAUUUUGUACAAAGCAAAUUAUUCACUUAAAAAUAAGCAAUAAAAAUCUAAAAUACAAACACAAUAUUUUCAUAUUCUAAAGUGAGAUGUGAUAUUUUUUCAUCAUAAGGCUCUCUCUGGUUUAAAUCAAGAUCUGGACUUAUAUGCUCUUUCCAUUUCAUUUUGCUAAUAUCCAAUAAGAGAUUAUAUUCGCGCAUUAGAUUUUAUUAUUCCUAAGCAUACAAAUUCUACUGCCAAGAAAUUUUUAGUAUUAUAGGUCACUAGGCUCCUUUGCAAUUGUUUCAAUAGCUUGAAUCCAAUUUAUACCAUCAUACUUGGUCACUUGCAAAGGGGUCAAAUACCCUCAUGUAAAAAGACAAAUAAAUCUAGCUUUAGGACUAUAUACCAAAGAGUUAUUUGUACAUUUAAGAGCAAAUGAUAGACAUAGAUGGAGCAUAUUACUAGCAUAGUUAAUUCUUGUGACCUGUAUAAAUUUAAUUUGACCAAUAUCCCCAAUAUUUUGAUAAACGCAAUAUAGCUAAAUUGUAUUAUAAAUAAAAAUUGUUACUAAUUACAAUUUGAAUCUAAUAUAGACUGAUUUUGACUUUGCUGUUAAUUAUAUCCGUCUGUAAAAUGAAUCAAGCCCUAAUCUCUGUUAUUAUCAAUGCUUUUGAGUAUUAAAACUGCUUUUAUCAGUUUCUUUUUCCUUUUACCUAGUAAAUGUAUAAAGCCAAUGAAAAUAGUGUCUUAAUAACAUUCCAAAUAUUCAAUCACGUUAAAUUUGGACACUUUUGUAUGAAACAUUAGAUUUAUAAGAUUUUGUACAUACAAUGAAAAAUAAAUGUCAUUGAUAAAAAAAUGUAUUUUCAUUUUAAUAUUUCACUGAUUGUGAAUUUGAUUCUCUUAUGAUAAUAUCAAACAAUAAAUAUUAAUUAAAUUUCAUUUUAAACUAAAAAGAAGAAAUAAAAGCAAAUUAUUCUAAAAUAGUAAAUAUAACAAUCGUUUCCUUAAAGUAAAUUUAUUACUAAUAAAUACAAUUGACUCUUAUACCAUUUCAUGUUUUAAUUUUUUAUUGGUAACCCCAACACUGCCAAUCGUGAUCAAGAUCAUUUAAGUAAAAUCAACACAAAGAGAUCAUCCAUGCUAUAUAUUGCGACCUUAAAAAUUGAAAAUAAUUUGCAUUAGAACUUCAUUCAGAGUGGUGUGGUUGCCAAAUGGGGUCGUCCAGUGGUGUUGUUGACAAUACAUUGAACCAGUUCAUCUAAUAAUAUUUAAGAAAUAAUAAUAUAUAAAUAAAACAUUUAUGUUUAUACAGUGAAUAACUUUUUUUUGCGUGUGUAUACAAAUAACUAGGUGACAGUUUAUUAUACAGGUUUGUGACAUUUUAUACACAGGUUUAUGAUGUCUAAAUCCUAGUUUAAUGAGAGUUCAUGUCAUGGCGCUUUCCUUAAUAGUUAAAAAACUACUUUUUCAAUAGGAGGAUAAUAUUUGAGACAGAUUUCUUACAUAAAAGUUCGUCAGUUGCUAAGCUAAAAUAUCAACACAAUUAAAUUAUUUCUAAUUCCAAUCACAAUUUUAACAAGGUUAUUUUAUUACAAAGCGAUUGCCAGAGUCAUGGACAAUAGUAGUUGGCUUAUUUAUUGUAUGACAUUAACCUGAAAUUAAUUUAUACUGUAUCAGCAUAAAUUUUAGUUUUUAUCUUCAAAUAUCUGUACUCAGAUUGGUAGAAGGACUGCAUGUAAUGCCAGCAGUGAAGCAGAGGCAGGGGCACAUAAUGUGGAUGUUUCUUGCUGUAAUGGUUUAGGUAAAUUGCUAAUGCAACGAGCAUUCCAGACCACACAUAU